UCAUCAUUACAUAUUCCUUCAACUUGAUUCCUCUUCCCACAAUUAAGCUUCCUGUCCACACCACCCCCAAGUACUUCCUUCUUCUUCUUCAUCAUCAAUCCUCAAAACAGAGAGAAAGAUCAGAGAAAUCAAUGGAGGUGAAUGCAAAUGGUGUUCUUGUAGAAGAACUAAUAUGCCCAAUUAGAAGAGGAGAAAACAUUACUACUAAUUGGAUGAAUGAUUUCCUCUCAAAUGGUUGGAAUAUUUUUCAAGAAUCCUUAUUCCAACAAGAACAACAACAAAACCCAUCACUCAUUUCUCUUCCAAACCCCCCAUUAAUAGACAACUUCUUCUUCCCAUCUCCUCUGAUCAAUCAUCAAGAUCAUUUUUUAUUUUCUUUCCCACCUACCCCCAAUAUCACCAACCCAUUAAUCCCCAUUCAAGAUGAAUAUCAAUACAAUUAUAUUACUCCACCACCACCGCCGCCGCCGCCGCCGCCGCCGCCAUUCCUCACCGACCAACAUCAUCAUCAUCAUGUUCUUGAUCUGCCUGAAAAGCCUGCUGCCCGCCGAACCAAGAAGGUGGAAGGACAACCAUCCAAGAAUUUAAUGGCCGAAAGAAGAAGAAGGAAGAGAUUGAACGACCGUCUUUCCAUGCUCAGAUCCAUUGUUCCUAAGAUAACCAAGAUGGAUAGGACAUCUAUUCUUGGAGAUACCAUAGAUUACAUGAAGGAACUUAUUCAAAGGAUUAAAACCUUGCAAGAUUACAAUGAUGAUGAUAAUGAUCAAAAGACUAGUCCACAAAUGAACAUAAUAGAAAAGUUCAAGAAUGUAAAGCCAAAUAUGGAAAAUUCUGUCAGAAAUUGCCCAAAGUUUAAUGUGGAGAUGAUAUCAAAUGGUGGGACAAGGAUUGACAUGUCAUGUGUAACAAAGCCUGGGUUAUUAUUGUCAACUGUCAGUACUCUUGAUUCAUUAGGACUUGAUAUUCAACAUUGUGUUAUUAGCUCUUUUAGUGACUUCUCAAUGCAAGCUUCUUGCUCACAGGAUUCCGAGGAAAGAUCGACUACUUCUGAGGAAAUCAAGCAAAUGUUAUUUAGAAACUCGGGUUAUGGAGGGAAAUGUUUGUAAUCUUUGUUUCAUUUGAACACACUAAGUGAUUAUUAAGAGAUUAAAGGUCACUGC